AUGUCGACAUACCUUGAUUGCCAGUGGAGGUGCCAACUUAUACCAGCCUGUACCACGAUUUCGGGAGGAGAAAUAGCUGAGCCCACUAUGUUGCGCCUUGGGCUGCUGCUCUUGGUGAGCCUGUGGGGAAGCGGGUUUAUAAGCGGGGUGUGCUCCUUCACUAUGGAGGAGCUGACCAACAUUGUUCAGGCUCCCCUCUCGAGUGUAACCUCCAUAGAGAGCUCUAAGCUGUCCAAGUUAACCUCCCUUGACCUGGGCAAUAACUGGCUUGAUGGUCCGAUCCCCCCGGAGCUAGGCAACCUAACCAGAUUGGCCAACCUUUCAUUGGAAAAUAACAACCUCUCGGGCAGUAUACCCCCUCCCCUUGGCAGCCUGACUGAGCUCACCUCCCUUUCAUUAGGCAAGAACAAAUUCUUUGGCCCCAUCCCUGCCGAGCUUGGUAACCUAACCAAGCUCAAGUCCCUUUCGUUGGCUUGGAACAAGCUUUCAGGCCCCAUUCCUGCCGCGCUUCGCAAUCUGGUCAACCUUACUACACUUGACCUAAGCAAUAAUGGCCUCGUUGGCCCAAUCCCUUCAGAGCUUAGCAGCCUGAUCCACCUAGAAAGCCUCUCCCUCGCCUCCAACCAGAUCUCGGGCCCCAUCCUUCCGCAGCUCAGCAAUCUUACCAACCUUACGUCCCUUGACUUGGGCAACAAUAGCCUGUCGGGGCCCAUUCUCCCAGAGCUCAGCAACCUGCGCAAACUCACCAAACUCGGCCUUCAGUCCAACAACCUUGUUGGAAUCAUCUCCCCUUCAUUCAGCAGACUUACGCGUCUCAAGUAUCUGUCCCUUGGAAACAACUACCUCUCGGGGUUCAUCCCCUCUGAGUUCAGCAAUUUGAGGGUCCUGUAUUACCUCAACUUUGAGGCGACAGCGAUUUCAUGCAGCUAUGUGAGCUGGCCAGUAGUCUCUGUACAAGAACUGGGACUUCCCUGUUCCCCGCCACCUUGGGUGCACCAACUCGCUCUGAUCAAACUCACUAUAGGGUUCGGAGACGCCUCUACUCGAGUUCUCGACCUGACAACUGUGCCUGCGGGUCUCUGUAACCAAAUUAAUGAGGGUGGCAGCGGUCUUGUGGAGGUUCGCAACUGCUCCGCUCUUACGAGCAUCAAGUUUGGGCCAGCCUUCGACCAAACAAACGGUGGGUACUCCUGUGCGGUGGAUAUGAGCUGCAACAUCGGAACAUUGACUAGUGACACAAGGCGAGAGAUUUGCCUUCACGAUAUCGACAUUUUUACGAACACCACCUCCUUAAGCGAGUUCUGUGUAACUCCGGGGGCCACGAGGACUGUCAUCACCGUCUACUCCAUCCUUGGCGCCUUGGCUGCCGCGUUAUGCUUUGCCUAUUGGGCUAUGACGCGUUUCAAGAAGGCGUUGACUCUGAUUGGUGGGGGACUCGGCAAGCCGCACCCGCUAGUUACGUAUGGGGUCUACCUAGGUGGCGUCGUUGGUGGAGCCGUUGUGUGGGCGGAUCUUUACACCGACCUGCGCAUCCUGGCUGAGGUCUGGGGGGGCUGGCCUCAGUGGGUGAUCCUAGGAUCCAUCCUCGCACCAUACUUGGUCGGGGCCCUGUUUAUUGCGGAAAGCUGUGUCGCCAGCGGUUUCGUCUUUGUACGUCCACCUCGUUUGCCGGGGUUGAGGUGGAUUUGGCCCCCUCCACGUAUGGACUCUGCCGCAGCCCUGCCACGGCUUCCUAUGAGCCCGCUGAGGUGGGCGGUAGUGCUGGUUGUAUGGCCGCUAUUCCUCCCGGCGGUUGUCUUCCUCGACGUGGUGGCGUUUUUGGACAAGCUUGGCUUCCACCUUAAGCUGGGGGCACGUGUUUACGGCAUGGAGCUCUGGUUCGACUCCCGCUCUUUAGUUGAGCUCGUACUGCGAACAGUGCCGCAGCUUGGGUUCCAGACGGUUGUGUUCAUUGCGGGUAGCACGAAAUACACGGCGCCAAAUGUCUUUAUUGACAAGGGUAUCUUCUUGCAAUCUAUUGCCCUGUCUUCGGCAUCCAUACUCAGCCAAUUCGUGUACACGUUGUGGGGUGCCAUGGUCGUCUCGGAAAACCCUUUAGCAGUACUCUGGAGACGCAUACGUUGUGUAGGCAGGUCGUGGGCGAUCCAGAUUCCCGUCCAACUUGAUGAAUAUGAGGAGCAGAAGGGUGACAACAUUCACGUUUAGACUCUAGUGCUGAUUAGUGGAAAGCGAACCAUGCACCGUCGAUACCUGUGAGUUUAGUGAUUUCUUCUAGGCACCAAGUGUCGCAUGCUUCCUCGUUUAGGACAGACGUCCCAUGCUUUCAGUGUCAUUGUUAGGUCCUAGCAUUGCUAAAGCUUGACCACAUGUGCACGUCACGAAAUGGCAACCAGUACGGUAUAGGUUCAUAUGAAUCGUCUCAAUGUAUGAAUUCGAUCAGCAUAGACUUGAACUGUAUAGGAUCUGUAAGUUUGGAAAAAUAUGGCUUCGCGUAGACUCACAUAGACGGACUCAUACUUAACAUUGAAGGUUACCGUAC